AUGCAGUUUCAAAUUUUUAUUUAUAAAAAGAUCCAAAAUGGAAAGAAACUAAAAACUGGUAUUGUAAAGCAACAUAUUGGUAAGAAUUCACUAUCUAAAUUUAUGAAGGAUCUUAUUCAUGAAACUGGUAUUGAAAUUGAUGGCUUAUUAACUAAUCAUUCUGGGCGAAAAAUAUCAGCACAACUAAUGCAAGAUAUAAAUGUAGAAUAA